AUGAUUUACAACGAUCGAUUAACACCACCAAAUUGGCCACCAUUAGUUCGUUAUCCAAGUUAUUAUCCUGAUCGACGAUUAAGUAUCCUGUGGUUUCUUGUUCUAACUAUCUUAUCAUUAAUUCUAAGUGUAACUGCAUUGAUCAUUGUUUUUGCUGUUGAACAUUCAUGGUUCCAUGAUAAUUUUGAGGGUAAUGCAAAUCGAUAUGGUCUUUGGCGUUUAUGUUCUUAUACAAAUAAUACAUGUGAUAGUUGGUUUUCUACUGGCGGACCUCAUAGUCCUUAUAUUGAACGUCGUCUUAAUCAAUCUAAAAGUGGUAUUAAUGCAUGGCAAGCUCUUGAAAUUGUAUUUCUGUUUUUAACAACCGCAACAUUAAUUAUUACUAUAGCUUCUAUUACUUGUUAUCGACGUCGAAACAGUUUUCAUUAUUAUUUGGCUAUAUUAGCAAUCUUUUGCAUUUGGCCAGCAGCAUGUAUUGGUAUUGUGGGAUUAUUUGUCUUUGGUUUUUCUGUAUAUAAUGUUUCACAAUCACCACGCGAUCUUGAUUGGUGUUUUUAUGUAAAUCUGGUUGCUGUCAUACUUGUUCUUUUAGGUGCUAUACUUUUAUCUAUUUAUGAUUCACUCUUGAGAAAACCAUUUAGAACUGUAGACAAUGAUACUAUUAUUGAAACAUUUGCCGAUCUUAAUGGUUAUCCAGCAACAUUAAGUCCAUCAACAUUUGUCAUUGUUAGACAAAAUAAGAAAAAAAGAAAUAAACCUUAUGAUUAUCCACAAGUACUUCAUCCGAGUCGUUAUUUUCCAACAGCAGUACCUAAUGGUGGUAUUAAUAGGGAUUAUGUAUCAAAUACUAAUCAUAAACCACUUGCAAAUUAUACAUCCACGACGACUACUACUCAAGAAACUAAUAUACAUAGUCAACAUCAGCAACAACAACAACAACAACAACGGCAACAGCAACCAUCAACAUCAUAUCAAAGUUUUGAACACAAUCGUUCUAAUCUUAUAGCAUCACCAUCGGCAACAACAAUGCCACCACAACCAUCAAUACCAGUUCCAACACAAUCUUAUCGAGCACCAUCAUCACCUUAUCAAUAUCAACCACGGCCAUCUCCACCACAUUGGCAUCGAACAGGAACAAAUGCAAUGAAUCAAUCAAUUGGCUAUGCUUCGGAACCUACACAUGAUUAUAUUCAACGUGAUUAUUAUCAUCCAACUCGAAUAAAUCUAAUAGACAGAAGAUUUGAACAAACACAAGAACCACGUGUUUUACAUUAUUAUACAGGUUAUGAUUAUUUUGCUACUCUUGAUCCAGCAGAUGCUGUUUUAACAAGACAACCACCGACAAUACGACCUGGUUCCGCAGUAAGAUAUAGUGGUAAUCCAUCUUUUUAUUCUCAAAAUGAUUAUAUAAAGAGCACAUUAUAA